AUGUCGUGGUUCAAGCGCGGCGCGAGCAACGAUGAUGGCACAGCUACGACGCCGAACUGGACGCCUCCCGAGCCUUCGACGACGCCGACACCCGAGAACAAGCUGAUGUUCCAGGCCUUUGAAUGGCAUACGGCUUCAACCCCACCCGCUCCGAACGAAACGCACUCGAGGGAGUCGCAUUGGAGUAGGCUGGGCAGGAUUCUGCCUGAACUCGCAGAGCUUGGUGUGACGUCUGUCUGGCUGCCGCCGGGCUGUAAAGCGAACAAUCCACAGGGCAAUGGCUAUGAUUGCUAUGAUCUGUGGGAUUUGGGAGAAUUCGACCAGAAGUGGACGAGGAGCACGAAGUGGGGUUCUAGACAAGAGCUGAGUGAUUUGGUCGAGACGGCCCAAAGAUGCGGUGGAGUGGAACUGAUUUGGGAUGCUGUGUUGAAUCAUAAGACCGCGGGAGAUGCCACUGAUGAGGCAUGGGCUGUGGAAGUGGACCGAGAAGGUGUGUUGCAUUGGGCAGUUGGAAGAGGAAGCUUCUGACACGUUGAACUUGGCAGACAGGCGGAUAGAGAUAAGCGCACCGAGGAAAAUCGAAGCGUGGCUAAAAUACGACUUUCCUGGACGAGAAAGAGAGGGUAUGAAAUAUUCGAGCUUGAAAUGGAGGGCAGAACAUUUCAACGGAACCGACUGGGAUCAGCGUGCGAAGAAGAAUGCUCUCUACAAACUAAUCGACGACCCGGCGACGUACCCAAAGCCAAACAAGGAGCAGAUACCCAUAGCGAAUAAGCCGACACAGGGCUUCAAUCGACUGGCUAGGUUCGCUGGGACCGUAUCCAAUGCCAUCUCAGACCGAGUCGCACCCCCAAGAAGGCCCGGCAAAGGGUGGGCUGAAGAUGUCGACAAGACGCACGGCAACUAUGACUAUCUCAUAUUCUCCAACAUCUUCUACGCACACCCUGAUGUGCAGAAGGAUGUCCUUCGAUGGGGCCAGUGGAUGAUUCAGGACACCGGAGUUCACGGCUUCCGCCUUGAUGCGGCGCAGCAUUUCUCUUGGAACUUCAUUCGCAACUGGAUCACACAGGUACAGGUCGCAAGUCGGAAUAGAUAUGGCAAAGACGCAAUGAUCGUUGGAGAAGUAUGGGCCGCCGAGGUUAGCAGGCAGUUGAGGUGGCUGGAUUUUGUUACACCUCCUGGAUCUCCUGUCCUGGCCUGUGCCUUCGAUUCGCCUCUGCUCUACAGCUUCUCUCGGAUAUCUGAGGAUGUGCGCAAGGGAAGCAAGAACGCCGAUUUACGGACCUUACUUUCUGGACCCGGUCACCCGGACAAACAUGCCCUUGUGUCGGUGAGACCACAUCAGGCUGUGACGUUUGUCACGAAUCACGAUACUCAACCUGGACAAACGAGCUUCACUCCAGUGGAUGCGAGCCUCAAGUCGCUCUUCUAUGCGUUCAUUCUUCUACGAAGAGAGGGUCACCCGUGUGUCUUUUGGGGCGAUCUCUACGGCACACGGGGCAAGAACACAGAAGCUCCAGCAUGUCAAGCUACAGUGCUCUCUUCUGGUAUGCCGGACAGCCUGCAACCUCAGAAUUCCACACGUAGCUUGCUACCCUCACUGAUGCUUGCACGGAAGCUGUUCGCAUAUGGUCAGCAGAAAGACUAUUUUGACAGCAUGUCGUGCAUUGGCUGGAAUCGGUCUGGUACUCAUGACCGCCCCGGGUGCGUCGUGAUCAUGAGCAUCGGGCCGCCUAGCAAAUGGACAAUCAAAAAGAUGGCUGCUGGUCGACCUGGCGAGAAGUGGGUCGAUAUACUGAGCGAGAAAGAGGGUAGGCCUGAGAUUGUCAUCGACAACAAGGGAUUUGGAGUCUUUGCGUGCAAAGGAAGAAGCGUGAGCGUCUACGUCAACGAGCAAUGCGAAGGAGCAGCUCGAUUUCCGGUUCCAUUCGAGCACGACGUAUAUCGACAGUGA